AUGGCGGACGACGAUAACACCCUGGAGGAGAUCCCAGAGGCGGAGAACAAGAACGCGCUCCGCAACCGCGGCCGCAAGGGUGCGCUCAAGAAGAAAAACGUCUAUAAUGUCAAGGAUCAUCGCUUCAUUCCACGCUUCUUCAAGCAGCCGACGUUCUGCUCGCACUGCAAGGAUUUUAUUUGGGGCUUCGGCAAGCAAGGAUUCCAAUGCCAAGUGUGUUCCUUUGUCGUUCACAAACGAUGCCACGAGUAUGUUACCUUCAAGUGUCCGGGUGCGGAUAAGGGAGCAGAUUCUGAUGACACCCGUACCAAGCAUGAGUUUAAAGUAUGGACCUAUUCGAGUCCAACAUUUUGCGAUCACUGUGGUUCGCUGUUGUACGGUUUGAUCCAUCAGGGGCUUAAGUGUACAGCAUGUGAUAUGAACGUACACAAACGGUGCGAGGAAAGCGUACCUAAUCUGUGCGGAUGUGAUCAUACUGAGCGACGAGGACGCAUCCAGCUGACGAUCACGCACUCGACCGGCAAGCUCAACAUUGAAGUGAAGCAAGGACGUAACCUCAUUCCCAUGGAUCCGAACGGUUCCAGUGAUCCGUACGUGAAGAUCAAGCUGAUCCCGGAUGCAGACAACGUCAAGAAGAAAACUAAAACUAUUCGCGCCUCGCUGAAUCCCGUAUGGAACGAAACUCUUAUAUUCGAUCUCAAAGCGGAAGAUAAGGAUCGACGCUUGCUGAUCGAGGUUUGGGAUUGGGAUCGUACCUCGCGGAACGAUUUCAUGGGUUCACUCUCUUUCGGUAUCUCGGAAAUCCUAAAGAACCCGGUCGAUGGGUGGUUCAAAUUGCUCACACAAGAAGAGGGCGAGUACUACAACGUACCCGUGCCUGAGGAGGGUGCUGAUCUCGUGCAGCUCAAGAGCCAAAUGAGGAAGACAUCCAUCACGAAGAAAAUCCCGAUGAUGGGAGAUAAGGAUGUACCGCAUAAUAUGACAAAGAAGGACGUCAUCCGCGCAACCGACUUUAACUUCCUUAUGGUUCUGGGUAAGGGCUCUUUCGGCAAGGUCAUGCUGGCUGAGCGUAAGGGCACGGAUGAAUUGUACGCGAUCAAGAUCCUGAAAAAGGACAUCAUCAUCCAGGACGACGAUGUUGAGUGUACAAUGGUGGAAAAACGCGUCCUGGCACUCUCCAGCAAGCCACCAUUCCUCGUCCAGCUACAUUCCUGUUUCCAAACUAUGGAUCGUUUGUACUUCGUCAUGGAAUAUGUCAACGGAGGCGAUCUCAUGUUCCAGAUCCAGCAGUGCGGCAAGUUUAAGGAACCCGUAGCCGUGUUCUAUGCGUCAGAAAUCGCCAUCGGUCUGUUUUAUUUACAUGCGCGUGGCAUCGUGUAUCGUGAUCUGAAGUUGGAUAACGUGCUGCUCGACAUGGACGGGCAUAUCAAGAUUGCCGAUUUCGGUAUGUGCAAGGAGGGCAUCAUGGGCGACAAGACGACAAAAACGUUCUGUGGCACACCCGACUACAUCGCGCCUGAGAUUAUUCUGUAUCAACCGUAUGGAAAGUCAGUCGAUUGGUGGGCCUACGGUGUACUGCUGUACGAAAUGCUCGUCGGUCAGCCGCCAUUCGAUGGCGAGGAUGAGGAGGAACUAUUCGCAGCCAUCACUGACCAUAAUGUGUCCUACCCUAAGAGCUUGAGCAAGGAAGCCAAAGAUGUUUGCAAGGGGCUUCUGACGAAGAACCCCCAGAAGCGCUUGGGCUGCGGAGCUCGUGGAGAGGAGGACGUUCGUGCCCACGCCUUUUUCCGGCGCAUCGACUGGGAAAAGAUUGAGAAUCGCGAGGUUCAGCCACCGUUCAAGCCAAAGAUUAAACAUCGCAAAGAUGUGUCGAACUUCGACCGGCAGUUCACGUCGGAGAAGACCGAUCUGACCCCAACCGACAAGCUCUUCAUGAUGAAUCUCGAUCAGACGGAGUUCAACGGUUUCUCAUAUCUCAACCCCGAAUUCGUGCAGUACGUCUAA